CUUACACAAAGCGAAUACUAGUGUAGUGUUAGUUCAACAUAAAAAUGGUGCUUGAAAGUACUAUAAUAUGUGUUGACAACAGUGAUUAUAUGAGAAAUGGAGACUUUCUUCCUACAAGACUGCAAGCACAGCAAGAUGCUGUCAACUUGGUGUGUCACUCAAAAACACGAUCCAAUCCAGAGAACAAUGUUGGACUUAUUACUCUUGCUAAUGUGGAAGUGUUGGCUACUCUAACUAGUGAUGUUGGGCGAAUUUUAUCAAAACUCCAUCAAGUUCAGCCUAAUGGUAAUUUAUCGCUUAUAACGGGAAUCAGAAUUGCACAUUUAGCUUUAAAGCACAGACAAGGCAAAAAUCAUAAAAUGAGAAUCGUUGCAUUUGUGGGCAGUCCAAUACAGAUUGAUGAGAAAGAAGCUGUAAAGUUAGCAAAGCGUUUGAAAAAAGAAAAAGUUAAUGUUGACAUUAUAAGUUUUGGUGAAGAGAGCAUUAAUAAUGAAGUUUUAACUGCAUUUAUAAAUGCUCUCAAUGGAAAAGAUGGGACUAGCAGUCAUCUUGUGACAAUUCCUCCAGGCCCUCACCUAUCUGAUGCUUUAAUUUCUUCUCCCAUUAUCCAAGGUGAAGAUGGCAUGGGUGGAGCAGGUAUGGGUGGUGCUGCAUUUGAAUUCGGAGUCGAUCCAAAUGAAGAUCCAGAACUUGCUCUGGCUCUGAGAGUGUCCAUGGAAGAACAAAGACAACGUCAAGAGGAUGAAGCAAGACGAGCUCAAAGUACUGGUACAGAACCUCCUGUAGUAACUAAUGAACCGGAAACUGUGAAAGAAGUACCUAACGAAGAAGCAAUGUUAAAACGAGCUCUUGCCAUGUCUCUAGAAGGAAGUGAAGAAGUACCAGCUGCUGUCAAUCGAACUACAACAGGUCCUGCAAGUGUUCCAGACUUUUCACAUAUGACGGAAGAAGAGCAAAUAGCAUUUGCCAUGCAGAUGUCUAUGCAAGACCAACAAGAACUUGAAACGGCUCCAAAAGAAGAACCAAUGGACGUUGAAGAAGAUUAUGCAGCUGUUAUGUCCGAUACUGAAUUUUUACAAUCAAUCCUUGAAAAUUUACCUGGUGUAGAUCCACAGUCAGAAGCAGUUCGACAAGCUGUUGGAUCCUUACAGCAAAAUAAAGACAAGGAAAAGGAAAAAGAAAAAAGUAAAGAUAAGGACAAAGACAAAAAUCAAAAGAAGUAGUA